ACUUGGUAGUGGGGGGCAGAUGUGGAAAGAGACUCUUACGGUUCCUGGUGACCAUGUCCAAAUGGGUGUUGACUGAAGGGCAGUGGAGGCCAUAGGGGAGAAGCCAGUCUGCCUGCAGGCACCAGGGGAGGCUACCCCAAGGAGACAGAGCAAGCUAAGCCUUGGACCCUGGUGGAGUCAACUGGGGUUGCCCAUCUCUUCUCUUGAGAGCAGCUAGAUGUUUCUUGACCUAGACUCUCUUUACACUCCCUCACGUACCCAGAUGCCCCCUGUCUCUGUUGUCAUUGUUCUGGGGGUUGGGGUUGACAUCUUUCCCAGGUCUCAAACUUUCUCUUUCUACUUCCUCCACUCCCAGGCACCGUGGCUCUGGAGAAGGCUGCGUGUCAAGAGACGGUCAGUGAUGACAUUCUGCCUCUUGAUGACCCUGUCUGUGGUGGCUGUCAUCCGUUCCCCCCCACUGCAUCCAGCCGCCGGCCCGGACCCUGGUUCCAUGGAGCCCCAGGGGAUAACUGGUUCCCCUGUCCCCCAUGUCCGGCAGGCUCUGAGCUUCAGCCGGAGGCAGCGGGCAAGAAGCCUGGGGUUUCGGAGAGGCUUGGCUUUGCCCAGGAAUUCCAACUUGGUCUGUGCUGAGGAGCAAGACCACAGAGGGAGAGUGGAGAGAAGCAAGAAGUCCCCAGGAGGGGACAGCAGGCAUCCAAGUAGGGUCCGGAGGGACAUUGCUUCGGUAGCGUGUGAGCCAGACAGGCCCAUCCGAAAGACACAGAGUGAGACGGGCACGCUGGUCGGCCGGCUUACAGGGAACAACACGACCUCUUUCCGGACUUGGAGAGCUACUGCUGGACCCACCCUCCAGCCUCACUCAGCUGAAGGCAGGGAGCUGCCAGGAGCUGAGAAAAGAGCCUUGGAUGGUGGGCAACAUGCCAGGGACUCUGCCCCAGCCCGGGGGGCUAAUCCGUGGCCUGGCUCUGUUGGGGAGUUGCAAGGGUCGGUCUGGUGUGACACUGAGACCCCUGGGCUGUUGACGGGCUUGAGGACCGCCACACAGGUUCCCCCAUGGUUCACAGAGCAUGAUGUGCAGACACUUGGGCUGCUGGCCCACGGGGAGGUGGUGGGUAAGGCCCGAGUCCCGGGCCACGGGCAGGUGCUGCAGGUCAGCCUCUCUGCCGAGGGUGCCCUUCAGGACACAUCUGCUCCUGGGCUCAGCCGGCUUUGCUCCCAGGGGCUCUGCGGCCUCAUCAAGAGGCCCGGGGAUCUGCUUGAGGUCCUGUCCUUCCACGUGGACCGCGUGCUGGGGCUGCGGCGGAGCCUGCCUGCAGUGGCCCGGCGCUUCCACAGUCCCCUGCUGCCGUACCGCUACACGGAUGGUAGCGCAAGGCCCCUCAUCUGGUGGGCGCCGGACGUGCAGCACCUGGCUGACCCUGACGAUGACCAGAACUCUCUGGCCUUAGGCUGGCUGCAGUACCAGGCCCUGCUGGUGCAUGGCUGCAGUCGGCCAGGCCAGACCCUGUGCCUGGGCAUCCACCGCGCCGAGUGGGCACGCCUGGCACUCUUCGACUUCCUGCUGCAGGUCCAUGACCGCCUGGAUCGCUACUGCUGCGGCUUUGAGCCUGAACCCUCAGACCCCUGUGUGGAAGAAAGGCUCCGGGAAAAAUGCCGGAACCCUGCCGAGCUGCGACUGGUCCACAUCCUGGUCCGGAGCAGUGAUCCAUCCCAUCUAGUCUACAUUGAUAAUGCGGGAAACCUUCAGCACCCUGAAGACAAGCUGAACUUUCGGCUGCUGGAGGGCAUAGAUGGGUUCCCUGAGUCUGCUGUGAAGGUCCUUGCAUCAGGCUGUCUACAGAAUAUGCUGCUCAAGUCCCUGCAGAUGGACCCGGUGUUCUGGGAAAGCCAAGGCGGGGCCCAGGGCCUGAAGCAGGUUCUCCAGACCCUGGAGCGGCGAGGACAAGUCCUGCUGGGACACAUACAGAAGCACAGCCUGACACUCUUCAGGGACGAGGACCCGUGAGCCCCCACCAGGCAGCGCUCUUGCCUCACAACAGCACCCUGAGUCAAUGGGCCCCCAUCCUGAUAGCCACACUUGCUUGGGCUCACUCAUCUUGAAGACAAAUUGGAGAAGCCAGAAACCAGAGGGCACCAUGGCUGUCAUGGGAUGUUCCACCUGCCUGGGAUGGUGGAGGUGGCAGUGAGUGCUCGGUGUUCAAUGUCUCCGUGCUCCUAAAUGGAAACACCUGAACUCUCUGCCCUCUAGCUCUGGCUACUUUCUCCCUUGCACCAAUAAACGCAUUCAAGAAUG